AGGGCCCCUGUAUCCUUGCCCAAACUCAAAAAAGCCUAUGAAAAAGGUAUCAGGGGCAUCUCAUGGGGCCCCCUACUGACCCCGGGCCCUCCAAUAGGGGAUCAUGGGGCCCCUGUGUCCUUGCCCAAACUCAAAAAAGCCUAUGAAAAAGGUACCAAGGGCAUCUCAUGGGGCCCCCUACUGACUCCAGGCCCUCGGGCAGUGCCCGAGUUUCCAAAUGGUCAGUCCGCCCCUGGUCCAAGGCCAACAAAUUUCAUAGGCAUUACAGCAGGUAAUAAAAAAAGAGAAAAAAAAGAG